AAAACCCCGCCGACCCUUUGACCAUUCCUUCCACGCUACUCUUCCUGACUUCCUGUCCAAACAAAAAACCACACGUCAAAGCCCCACAAAACCAAACUGAAGCUUAUUCCACCAUCGAUUCUUCAUCCUUAUCGCCAAUUCGCCAUCGUCAGAUUCCGUCUUUUUAUCUCCCCAAAUUCCCUGGAAAACUAGAACCCUCUUUCCAUCAAAGCCUUUUCGCCAAAACCCAAGUAUAAAAAUCCUUCCUUUCUCUUAAUUCCCCAAUUCUCAGCUUUCCCAAAUUUCCCGAAUGUCGUCUUACGGCCGAUCGUACUCUUCCGAGUCCUACGCGCCGUCGGCGCCUUCCCUGCCGGAAUCCUACCGCCAGCAAGAACGAGAUCGCGGCGCAAGCGGUAGCGCUCGGCCGCAAUCGAGUGGCUAUGGAGUUCACCAGAAUCAGCAGUAUCAGCAGCACCCGCCGGCGUAUGGGCAGGGGCAGAGCAGUUCUUCAUCGGGGUACUCGGGAUUCCCGCCGGGGACGCAUCCGGAUGUGAUUCGGAGCUUUGAGAUGGUGGAUGUUGAUCGGAGUGGGUAUAUUGAUGAGAAGGAGCUGCAACGAGCUCUCUCUUCUGGGUAUCAGAGGUUUAACCUCAGGACAAUUAGGUUGCUCAUGUUUCUCUUCAAGAACCCCCACGAUGCUCUUCGAAUUGGGCCUAAAGAAUUUGCAGCUCUCUGGAGUUGUCUCGGCCAAUGGCGGGCCAUAUAUGAUAGAUACGAUAGGGACAGGAGUGGAAAGAUUGAUCUGUUCGAACUGAGGGAUGCUCUUUACGGACUUGGAUAUGCUGUCCCACCUUCUGUUCUUCAGAUACUCAUGUCCAAGUAUGAUGAUGGAAGCGGCAGAAAGAUCGAACUUGGCUUCGAUAGUUUCGUCGAAUGUGGACUGAUUUUGAAGGGAUUAACAGAAAAGUUCAAGGAGAAGGAUAAGCGAUACGUAGGCCAAGCGACGUUCAACUAUGACGAGUUCAUGUCCACUGUCCUCCCCUUCCUGGUGGCAUAUGAUUGAUCCUGAAACCCUCCAACGACGAGUCGCCAGCCCAUUGCGGUAUUCAAUUUGUUUGUUUGUUCAUGUAU